AUGGAUACGGAGGCGAAUGGAGUAGCUGAUUGUCUAAGUAAGGGUGUUGUCUCAAGAAAAAUAUCUGUUAAUUUUUCGUUUCUUGAUGCUUUGCCCAGUCCUAAUACGGUGCUAAUGGCGCAGGAUCUAUCGGGUUUGUCCACUGUGAGAAAAAAGCUUCGACUGGUGCGGUGCGAUUUCUUCCCCCAUGAUGCAGCUGAAUGGUGCUUGGUUGAGGAAUUGGGCAUCUACAAGAAUGAUUUUUGUCAUAUUAUAUUGCGUUGA